UCAAACGUUCUAGCAUUUUUGUACAGAUGAAUACUGGAAAUAAAUUUUGUGUCUAGCUUUUGAUUCACUCUGUAUAUUUUGCCAUACAGAAGACAUAUAUGGAAUAUCUCAUCUUGCUUUCUGUUCCGUUUCUAACAACUCACUAAUUAACUGGCAAACAUAACGGCCCUAGUGUUAAUCUAACAUUUGUUAUACUCCAUUUACUUCAUUCGGUGUACAGAAAUGAAGAAGCACUACAUGCUUGCAUUAUUUGGUCUGUGGACAACUUUAUCGCUAGAAACUUUCGCUCUAAACAGAGUGAAGAGGUUAGUUUGGCCGCCAGGAGGAGAUAAAGUCCAGAUGAUUGCUGGCGUGGGUGUUCCUGUAGAUCUACGACAAGAAACGGUGAUCUUCGGAAUGGUUUACAAAGCUACAUACGCGCUACCAAACAACAUAACUCAGCUGCAGAACAGCAACAUCAUUUUCCAAAGACAAGCCAGGUCAUCUGAGGAUUCCCAUAAGAAUGUCAUCAAAUACAUCGAAAGGUUUCUUUACGAGCAAAAUCAGUAUAGUAAAGCAUGCGUUUUAAGGACUAUAUGUGAGGCAGCUGUUUCGAAAUUCGAUGAAAAUGGUGGCUUUAUGAACGAAAUAAUGAACAUAAUUUUCGAGUCAAUGGGAGAAACAAUAAGACACCAUGAUGAUUUGGAUUACAUAGAAGCAUUCGAAUUGGGAAUUCGAAGACCUGCUGAAUGUAGGAGAAGUUAUCCCCAAUGCAAGAGUAGCUUGUUGGAUGUAAUUUCUGAUGAACAUAAUAGUUUACGUUGAAAAUGAUUGUUUUGAGUAUCAUUUUCAGAGAAAUUUUCGUAUUUUCAGAGUUUUUUAGAGCUGCUAGUCUUUUUCUAUGUAAUACAUAUAAUUAUUGAUAGCAAUCCUGAAGAAUUGACUGUGAUUUGGUCUGAAGAAACAAUUUACCAGCCAAGAAAUACAUUUUAAAAUCUAUAACAGAAGAAUCGUAAAAUAGGGUAAUUGUAAAUCAUCUUCAUUCUGUAAAACAUAAAGAAGCAAAAUGAAAAUGGCUGAAAAUUACUAUGAGAUUAGC